UCCCUGCAACCUGGUUUGAAGGUUCAACCUGGAACCGCCCGCCCAUAGUUUUCACUUUUCAGGGGGUGCAAAGUCCGCUUUCUCUUCCCCUUUCUUCGCCUCAUUUCCACCUAUAAAAUCAAUCCGAUUUUGUGCUGUGUUGUAUUCUCUCUCUCAAAUCUUUUCAUCAACAAACCACAUCAUUACAAUCUCCGUUUCCGCGUUUCAGCCGAACCGGAUGGCGGAAUCUACCAUCACCAACUCAAAAUUUGAAUCAAUCAGAGAAUGGGUCGUUCAACACAAGCUCCGUACCGUUGGGAGUCUAUGGGCGAGCGGUGUAAUUGGAUCCUUGGCUUACAAUUGGUCUCAGCCUGGCAAGACAAGUGUCAAGAUAAUUCACGCUAGGUUGCACGCACAAGCUCUAACGCUGGCUGCACUGGGUGGAGCUGCAGUUGUUGAGUACUUUGACCGCAAAGCUGGAAAAAAUGCCGAUCCACAUGCCAAGUUCCUCUCGUUGAAUACCUACUCACAAAAGGAUUAGACAGACUACAUUAUGGAGGCUAGAAAUGUCUCUUGCAAAAGUCCCAUGUUUAUACCUCUCCUAGGUCGAAAAAUACAAUUUUGUAUUUGUAACACGUGACAAUUUUUUAUGUUAGGAUUAUUUCAUUUCCAUUUGAAAUAAUUCUUACAGGUGGCAUGUCCUGUACCACGGUUUCAUUUUAUUAUUAAAUGGUCGUAAGUGAAUGGUUUUUUUUUUUU